AUGCUUUCUAGAUCUGCAUUCCGUGCGGUUCAGCCGCUGAAGAUUCAUGCUCGUCGAUAUGCGACCGAAUCGGCUGCCAAGGGCGGAUCCAACGCCGUCGUAUAUGGCGCUGGAGCUGCCGUGGUUGGAGGUGCCGGCUACUGGUAUCUCAAUGGGCAGAAGGCUACCCCCAAGAUCGCAGAGGUCGCCAAGCCCGCUUUCACCGGCGGCGACCAGGGCUUCCUCUCCCUCAAGGUCACUGAAAUCGAGAACCUGAACCACAACACCAAGCGCCUCCGUUUCGAGCUUCCUGAGGCCGACCAGGUCUCCGGCCUAACCGUUGCCAGCGCCGUCCUGACCAAGUUCAAGGGACCCAACGACGAAAAGCCGACACUUCGACCAUACACUCCCAUCAGCGAUGAAGACGCCAAGGGACAUCUUGACCUUCUUGUCAAGAAGUACCCCGACGGCCCUAUGAGCACCCACAUCCACAACCUCGAGGUUGGCCAGGAGCUCAACAUCAAGGGCCCGCUCCCCAAGUAUCCCUGGACCGAGAACAAGCACACCCACAUCGGUCUCAUUGCCGGUGGUACCGGAAUCACCCCCGUGUUCCAGCUCGCCCGUGCCAUCUUCAAGAACCCCAACGACAAGACCAAGGUCACCCUCAUCUUCGGCAACGUCACGGAGGAGGAUAUCCUGCUGAAGAAGGAGCUCUCCGAGCUUGAGAACACCUACCCCCAGCGCUUCCGUGCUUUCUACGUCCUGGACAAGCCCCCCAAGGACUGGAGCGGCAACAGCGGCUUCAUCACCCAGGAGCUUCUCAAGACAGUCCUCCCCGAGCCCAAGGAGGAGAACAUCAAGCUCUUCGUGUGCGGCCCCCCCGGACUGAUGAAGGCAAUCUCUGGCAACAAGGUCAGCCCCAAGGACCAGGGUGAGCUCACUGGCGCUCUCAAGGAGCUUGGCUACAGCCAGGAGCAGGUUUACAAGUUUUAA